AUGCAGCAGCUGCAGCAGCUGCUGCUGCAGAACCUCAACGUCUGCCGGCUGUAUACUAAAAAGAAAGGAGAGAUGCCUGACUUCACCCAGCCCAUCGUACUCACGCAACAAAGAGGUGCAGCAGCAGCAGCAGCAGCAGCAGCUGCAGCAGCAGCAGCAGCUGCAGCAGCAGCAGUAGUAGCAGCAGCAGGAGUAGUUAGUAGCAGCAGCAGCAGCAGCAGCAGUAGCAGCAGAAACAGCAGCAGCAGAAACAGAGACAGCAGGAGGAACAGCCCCUUUACUGUCGGCAAUGCCAUCUCAUACAUCCAUAAGGACUUGCUGAAGGACUUUAAAUUUGCCUUCGUUUGGGGGGCCAGCGAACAGGACUUGCUGAAGGACUUUAAAUUUGCCUUCGUUUGGGGGGCCAGCGAACAGGACUUGCUGAAGGACUUUAAAUUUGCCUUCGUUUGGGGGGCCAGCGCUAAACACCAACCACAAAUCGUCGGGCUAGGUGUUGCUGCUAAGGGUGCUGCUGCUGCUACUGCUGAAGGUGUUGUUGCCGUUGCAGCUGCUGUUGCUGCUAAGGGUGUUGCUGCUGCUGCUGCUGCUGCUGCUACGGGUGUUGCUGCUGCUGCUGCUGCUAAGGGUGUAGCUGAUGCUGCUGCUGCUGCUGCCGCCAGGGUUGCAGAGGCUGUUGCUGCUACUGUUAAGGCUGUCGAUGCUGCUGCUGAGGCUAAUGUAAACGCUGCUGCUGCUGCUCUGGAUGCUAUUGCUGCUAAUGCUGCUACUCUCGCUGCUGCUGCUGCUGCUGCUGCUGCUGCUGCUGCUGCUGCUGUUGCUGCUGCUGCUGCUGCUGUGCCUGCAGGGUGUCUGAUGAUGAUCUUCUGCAGCAGCAAAAUGCAAACAAAAAACAACGGCCUUCCCUGCUGCAGCCAUCGGCAACUAGCAGCAGCAGCAACAGCUGCUGCAGCAGCAGCAACAGCAGCAGCAGCAACAGCAGCAGCAGCAACAGCAGCAGCAGCAGUAGCAGCAACAGCAGUAACAGCAGAUAUCGCAAUUGAGCUUGAGGAGCAACAGCAGCAGACACCCCAGCAGCAACAGCAACAGCAACAGCAGCAGCAACAGCAGCAGCAGCAGCAGCAGCAGCAGCAGUAUUUAGUUUACUGUAUCUGUGACGACAAGUUUAUAAAAAGCAGCAGCAUCAUCGAUACAUUCAAUAAUUUUUUGUUUUGCUGCUUCUCUUUUUUCUUCGGGGAACCCAACUGCAGCAGCAGCAGCAGCAGCAGCAGCAGCAGCAGCAGUAACUGCAGCAGCAGCAAAGCAAGUAGCAACAGCAGCGAUACAAACAGCACUGCAAGCACCAUUCACAACCUGAGCAGCAGCAGCAGCAGCAGCAGCAGGAGCAGCAGGAGCAGCACAAACAGCAACACAGCAGCAGCAGCGUCACCACCACAACCACCCCCCGCAGCAGCAGCAGCAGCAGCAGCAGCAGCAGCAGCAGCAGCAGCACAAACAGCAAAACAGCAGCAGCACCACCACCACCGCAACCACCCCCAGCACCAGCAGCAGCAGCAGCAGCAGCAGCAGCAGCACCAGCAGCAGCAGCAGCAGCAGCAGCAGCAGCAGCAGCAGCAGCAGCAGCAGCUAACCAUCUUUUCUGUUGCAAAGCAGGCUGACGUGGCCCGGGGGUACGUGCUGGGAGCAGCACCAAACGAAAAAAGAAGAGCAGCAGAUAGCAGCAACAAAACGGCCGUUGCUGCUGCGCAGACACCCCGGGAUGUCUAUACACCGUAA